AUGUCAUUAUUUUGGAUAUGGUAUGAUUGGAAAUCAGGACGAACUGUUUCUCCUAGUAACGGCGAUCCAAGUAGGAAAGCUCAAAUUUUAAAUCAAACUGGUUUUCAAGUCGAAUUUAAAUUUGAAGAAAGAUAUCGGUGUGGAAUCGAAUUGUUUGGAAAUGAAGCUCAAAAUGGGUGGCAGACUUCAACUAAGACUAAAUAUCAACUAAUAUGGGUAAGAAGAGCACCAUCAUCAAAUAAGGAAAUUUUUGAUAGAUUUGAGUCAGAGCACAUCUGUUGGGAUCCGAAAGAUGGUGAAUUAUUCCAAGCUCAUAGUGGUUCUGAUGUGAAAAUCGAUCGUCGAAUUUGGGAUCAAUAUCAUAUUAGAAAACUUAAUGAGGGUCAUGGAUUUGAACAAGAAUCUCGUACAAGGGCUACUGAAGAACAAAUUGGACAAGAUUUAAUAGAACAAGGAGAAUGGGUAUUAGCAGAGGAUGGUGAAGAAGAAAUAUGA